AUAAAACUGAGAGCAGAAAUAUGAUCACAUACUAAGAAGUCUAAUCAAUUCUGGUUUCAACACUGAGCCUAUUUAAAAUAGAUAAUGGAAUUGCUGUUCCUUGUUCUGCUCUCUCUGCACAUUCUCAAGACAGAGGCAGUAGUUGAACACCACUGGUGCUAUCAGUCACAGAAGUGUGCACAGCCACACUGUGAAGCUCCUGAAGAAUGGUAUCUGAUAGAUAUCAGCUGCAAAGGGAACAAACAGUCACCUAUCAAUAUUGUCACCAAAAAUGUCAUCUACGACAAGAACCUUAAGCCAUUGAAUUUUGAAGGAUAUGAUGUGAAGGGGUCUUCAAAAUGGAACAUAGAAAACAAUGGACAUACAGUUAAAGUAGAAUUAAGCACAUCCCCUAAAAUUGGAGGUGGAGGUCUGGGAAGAAAAUACAAGGCAACAGAAUUUCAUUUGCACUGGGGAGUCCCAGGUGUGCAGCGAUACCUUCCUGGGUCAGAGCACAGCAUAGAUGGAGAAAAAGAAGCCAUGGAGCUUCAUAUUGUCCACAUAAGAGAAGAUGUUUCGAAUAUAACAGAAGCGAAGGAAACCGCGGAUGGUGUGGCUGUGUUGGCAUUCUUUGUAAAGGUUGAAGAAGAAAAUAAAAACUAUGCAACUCUAAUAAAUGAAUUAGAGAAUAUUAAAUACAAAGGACAAACAACACAGAUGGACCCUUUGCCACUGAGUUCUCUUCUCCCACCUGAGGAAGACCUUGGAAGGUACUAUCGGUAUGAGGGCUCUCUCACCACUCCUGACUGCUACGAGGGUGUCACCUGGACAAUAUUUGAGAAGCCGAUUGAACUCAGUAUUUCCCAGAUUUCUCAGUUUUCAACACUCCACUUUGAUGGGAGGAACUCAACUCACAUGAUUGAAAACUUCCGUCCUUUUCAGCUCCUCAAUGAGCGCAAGGUGUACUGGUCCAGUGCCAGCAUGCUCCUGCCUGCUGCUAAGGUUUUAAUGUUGGUCCUGGUGCUUACGUACAUCCUGAGUUCUCUUUCCCAAUGAACACUUCUUACCUCAUUCAAAGUUCUGGGCUUUUUGGAGUUCGGUUUUUUUUUUGUUGUUGUUGUUGGUUCUUUGUAUCAAGUAGUCUCUCAGCUCACGAAUCGUAUCUCAAUACAGAAUUUAACCGUGUCUUCCUCCAGACACUAACCAAGGACUUCUGCUGCUGCUCUUAUAUAAAACGAAACCCAUUGCACUAAAUCACAAGAAUUCAGGGGAACUGUAAUAUGAGGCUAUGAAGAUUCAAAUUUAAAACAAACAAACACUUCAAGAAAACGUUAGGAUGGAUUAUCUGCAAGCCUGUAGUUCUAACACAAUACUGGAAGGACACUUUACAAGUUAUACAGAGGACCUUCAAGAGGAACCUGUUCUUAAGUGCCUAUGAAGGGUUUUGUUUGGAGCAUGUUUACAUUCAGCACUGCAAACCAGGAAGAUGGUAACGUGGAGCAAUUCUUACAAUCCUUACAUUGUCCUACAUGAAGGUACAAUACAAAGAAAAAAUGCUCACACAUAAUUGAGCAACAUCUGGGUCAUCCUGUCUAGUGAAGGAUAUGUGACAAAUCGCAUCUGUACUAACACGAUUUUCCCCUCUUCUUCCUUCAGAAUAUCUAAAGCUAAUUUUUAGAUAAGGAUACUGGAUUCCUUUCACCUAAUCUACUGAUUCUGGAUUUCAGGUUUCUCUAUUAAGCUUAUUUAUUCAGCCUAGUACAGCAUCCUUCUCUGGGAUGCCCAUGGCUGAUAUGAUGUGCUAGAAAGAAAAAGGGAAGCUCAACCCUCGUGCAUCUGUGGAAAGGGAAGUUGCACAUCUGUGGAAAUUCCUUCUCUUUGGAGGGCUGCGUUUGAAGCAUGAGACUUUGAUGAUCCUUUACAGUUUUCAUUUGCCUAAUAAAAUGGGACAGCGCAAGAAAUGCCUCUUUCCGGUGCCACAUUUUGGAAGGUUUUAGCUGCCAGUUUGAACAUUUCCGUGUGAACAUUUCCUUCUUUAUUUUUUUUUCAGUAAUAACAUACCUGCAAUAUUCACACAUGGUUAAGAUCCAGAGGUUUUCCAAGAAGAUUGUGAUUUGAACUGUUUUCUUCAGGUCUUAUGCGUUUACUUACAGAAAACCUCAAUAUAUUGGGAAAUGGGGUUUCCUUAUAUUAUUCCAGUUUUCUCUCUGAAGACAGACAUAACAGUUUUCUUUGGCUAAUGCCAUAUAACAUGUUACAGCUUCUUUUAGAAUUUUAGAUUUUGGCCACACCAAAGUAGGAUUUCAUAUUAGCAGACUUGUAUUUUUUUCUUUAGGGCAAUGUUUGCAGAGAUGACUUUAUGCUGCAGCUAUAUGGCUGUUUUCAGGAAAAUCACGGCAGUGAGGCUAACCACAGCUCACCAAAGAAGAAAAAGCAGGGGGGGAAUUAUUUUCAUAUUUAACAAUCAAUAAUAUAAGCUUAAAAAACUACAUGGGAAAGAAAAUUCACCUUUUCAGUUUAGAGGAAUGAUUAAGACUUUAACUGUAUUUUUAGCUAACUGAAAACCUUUUCAUCUUUGAUAGAUGAAACAUUAAAGUUGAACAGAGACCUA